GUUCAUCAUACUCAAACAAAUCACCUUGACAGGGAUUGCGCGCACUUUGUCCUCAGUCACUUGAGGACGCUCACUUUUGGUUUGCAAAACAUUUUAGGCGGGACACUGUGCGCGAAAGAAUUAUGCGACGCUUAUUUUGGCGAAAAAAUAACUUGUUAAUCCUUGGAAUUGUGUGCUUUGCUCUAAUGUUAGUUUUAUGGAUAAGUACAGACAAGCUUGAGCAUAAUAAGGUUCAUGAAGACCGUGCGUAUCUGCCUGUUGACAAAGCACCAGAGGAUGCGCUUAAACGAGGUGUUGACUCUCAAGGACUAGAUGCAGCCUAUAAGUACCACGCGGAAAAUCCCAUUCCAAGACCAGUGGCUAAUGCUCCACAGUUUCCAAAUGUCCGCCUACAUCCCCCUAUCGAUAAAGAUCCGGUUCCUGGAAAAGUACAACUAGACCUUGCGAAUAAAAAUGAUAAUGAUGAUAAACUUCAUUUUCGUGAUAUAAUACCUCCUGCUGAUGAACCUGAGGAAGACAAUGCAGUUAUUCAACCUAUGGAUUCUGACAAAAAAGUGGACCAACAACAUGCCAAGUAUGCUGAGCAUAGUAACUCAAACGGGUUAUCAGCCAUUGCAAAAUUGGGUUUAUUUCCGAGUUCUCCACCUCCAAAAAGCGACGAACAUUCAACCGGUCCUGGCGAAGGUGGUAAAGCGUACAAAGUGGAACGUGAUGAGCUGCCACCAGCUGAACGUGAAAAAUUCGAUCAAGGAUGGAAGGAUAACGCUUUCAAUCAAUAUGCUAGUGAUCGUAUCAGUGUUAGACGAUAUUUACCAGACUAUCGAGAAGGAAAGUGUAAAGUGGAUACAUACUCACCAAAUCUACCGUCUACAUCUGUUAUAAUCUGUUUUCACAAUGAAGCUUGGUCAGUUUUAUUGCGUUCUGUACAUUCAGUGAUCGAUCGAUCUCCAGCACAUUUAUUACGUGAGGUUAUACUGGUUGAUGAUUUUUCUGAUCUACCUCAUCUCAAAGAAGCACUGGAGGAAUAUAUGCAAAUGCUAAAAAUUGUUAAAAUUGUUCGCACCAAACAACGUGAAGGUUUGAUUAGAGCUCGAAUGCUUGGCGCGGAGCGUAGUACUGGUGAUGUGCUUGUAUUUCUGGACUCUCAUAUUGAAUGUACUACAGGUUGGCUUGAACCACUCUUAGAGCGUAUUGCUUAUAAUUCGUCAAUUGUUGUUGUUCCUGUGAUAUCAACAAUAAAUGAUAAAGAUUUAAAAAUUUAUGUAUCUAAAGCUCAAGAUGUUCAAGUUGGUGGUUUUGAUUGGGGUUUAACAUUUCGUUGGCAUGAACAAACUGAACGUGACAAAAAUAGACCUGGUGCACCGUAUUCACCUGUCAGGACGCCUACUAUGGCUGGUGGUUUGUUCGCGAUAAGUCGAGAUUACUUUAAUCACCUUGGUAAAUAUGAUCCUGGUAUGGAAGUAUGGGGAGGUGAGAAUUUGGAGUUGUCAUUCAAGAUUUGGAUGUGUGGUGGGAUUUUGGAAACUAGUGUCUGCAGUUAUGUGGGGCACAUAUUCCGUGGUCGUUCACCAUACAAAUGGGAUGUUAAAGUGAAAGAUCCUUUGAAGAGGAAUUUGCUUCGAUUGGCUGAAGUUUGGCUUGAUGAUUAUAAACGAUUUUAUUAUGCACGUAUUGGUUUUAAAAGUGUCGAUUAUGGUGAUAUUUCAGAACGUAAGGCCUUACGUGAAAAUUUGAAAUGUCAUUCAUUCGAAUGGUAUUUAAAUAAUAUUUAUCCAGAAUUAUUUGUGCCUUCAAAAGCCUUAGCGUCUGGUGAUAUUGAAAAUGUUGCUGCUCCUCAGUGCUUAGAUGCACCAAUACCGAAUAAGAAAGAUCGUAAAACAGUGAUUAUUAAAACAUGGCCAUGUCAUAAACAAGGAGGUAAUCAAUUCUGGUUAUUAUCACCUGAAAAUGAGAUUAGACGAGAUGAUUAUUGUUGGGACUCGGGUGUAAAGGAAGGAAGCAUUGGUUUGUUAAAUUGUCAUGGUUCACACGGGAAUCAAAUGUUUACAUAUGAAAAUGAUAACACUAUUCGUCAUCAAGGCCAGUGUUUAGAAAUGAAACCUAAUACUGCUUUAGUAAGACUUGCUAGAUGUACUGGUUCAGUAAAUCAACAAUGGAAAUUCAGUAGAAAGCCGUAUCUGCCAUCUAUAGAGAAUAAUGAAUCAUUUUGAUUCAACUUACUGUGGAAUGCUUCUGAGAUCCAUCCCGUUUUCGCGCAUAAGUACAUAUAUACUAAUGUAUUCAUGAUAUACAUGUCUUUCGUGGUCUGCUGUCUAUCAAGCAAAUAUUUUCCUUCCAGAACAAGUGAACAAAUGAUACUCUCCUAUUGUUAUUCUUCUUUUAUACUCCUUGUAUACUCAUAUAUAUGCAUAUAUAUAUUUUCUAUAUGCAUACAUAUAUAUCCAUGCUAUAUAUGUGUGUAUAUACACUGAAACGACAUAUCAGCCUUACUUACUCACUUACUUACUUACUUACAUGCCUUCGUUUUCCCUUCUGAUCUGUGAUAAGAUUUUUAAUAUUACAAGCAUAUAUGUAUGUAUCUAAAUGUGAACGUUGGAGACACAUGGACAAUGAGUUAGAGGUGAUUUUGUCCUCCCUAAUAUAUACUCUUUGUAUAUACAUACACAUGUAUUGUUUUACUUGAUAAGCCAGAAUAACCUUAUGAUGAAUAGUGUUCAAAUGUGUGUGAUUGUGCCUGUGUGCGUGUGUGUGUAUGCUUGGUGUGGGCAUCAGCUUAUUACUAAUAUCAUCAUUAUUUUUAUGUGCCUUUCUCCUGGUGAUUUGGUUUGUAUUUUUAUUUAGCGCAUUGCAUAUACAUCAUACGCUUAAGGAGAAUGUAAACACAUUGCUCAAUCUUUUGUGUUUCUCACCUCUUUCUUUCCCUAUUUUUAUGAAGGGAUUUAGCCUGUUUUCAGAUAUUUUUUCCACGGUUUUACAAAGUAUGAGUUGACUUUCACUGCAAUCCCUUUUGUGGUUCUCCAUAUUAACAUAGAUGUGAAUAUCUAUAGAAAUUAAUAUUUUGUCUACUUUGAGAAGCGUCCUACUUUCCUCCUUUUUAUUUCACGUCUUACUGAAGAAAACUUUAGGAUUUCAAGUGAAUUUCAAGGUUGACUAUUCAUGUUGUGCUGUAUGUGAUAUAGUGUUGAUUUCAGUUCAACCUCUUUAUUAUUAUUAUUAUUAUUGUUAUUAUUAUUAUUAUUUCCAAGUCAUUAUUUUUCUUUUCUUAUGAAUAUAUAUCUGUGUGCCUUCCAAUUGCAAAUGCAAUUUGUCGCUACAACAACAGCAACAACAACAAGAA